GUUCGACACUACACAAUAGUACUUUGCCACAAGCAUCACGAGCAUGGCGGCGUUCCCACUGCGAUGGCUCUUGGCGCUCUUCGUCUGGACAUGCAUGUUCGGCGCCGUCUCGGCUGACCAGGAUCUCCGGGAGACGCGAUGUCCCUUGUGUGAUAUGGACGUGAUUCCGUCGCUCAACCAGACCAUCAAAGGCAACCAAGCGAUUUAUGCUUGCGAAAUGGCAGGCCAUCUCGACACCCUGCGCGACCCCGCGAGCAAAAUCUUGCGUGGGGCUGUGGCCGUGACGGCGCUGGACGUGCCGUACACCAACGCGGGAAUGGCCUGCCCUGUCUGCGGCAAGACCGAGCUCAAGUACGCCUUGCCAUGGGGGAACCGUGGCAACCAAAAGAUCUUUACCUGCUCUGAAGAACACGCGCAUCUCAUCGCCGCCAACCAGGAAGCAUACUACGAAGGCACCACCCCAUCCCACAGCGGCGAAUUCUGCGACCACGCGUCCGUCAUGUUUGACGGGUUCCAGUCGUCGAUUGGCCGCACCUGUGUCAAGCUGUGGUUCCAGCCGUGGGUGUUGUCGUCGGGGGUGAGCUACGCGCUGGGAUUUGUGGGCAUUGUGCUGCUUGGCAUCUUCCUCGAAUGGUUUGGCGAGUAUCGCGAAGGCAUGGAGGAGUUGUUCAUUCGGAACUACGGCAUCACGGACACAUCGAACGUCCUCGCCGACCAGACCUACCCCAAGACCGCCAUGACGACGUUGAUUCCGUCGACCCCCGGCGGCAUCCAGACCGUCACGACGUGCACGCUGCCGACGUGGUGCACCGUCGCCUUGACCUGCAUGUACAUGCUGGCACUGGUCGUCGGGUACAUGAUCAUGCUCGUGGCUAUGGUGUACGACUCGGGGCUGUUUGUCGCGUGCAUCCUUGGGCUAGGCAUUGGCUUCUACCUCUUCAAAGACACGGAAGCCGACUCGAUGAGUGGCAACAUCGAUCCGUGUUGUUCCACUUGAAUCAGACUACUACUAACUACGACGAUGACUAUUAAUACUAUCGACCAAUGCCUACAGCUACCUACUAGUACUACUGUACAACUAUACUACAGUACUACGUAGUAGUUGAACUACUACAGUACUACUAACACUACUGUAGUCUCCGUCCGCAUUUCGACUAACGUUACUA